AUGAGUCCCCACGUUGUUAGCGAAUAUGUGCCCUCCGAGACCCGACUCUUCAAACCAUUAAAGGUCGGCAACGUUACACUGCAGAACCGAAUCGCCUUUCCUCCCUUGACAAGACUUCGCAAUGACGAUGAUCACACCCCCCUUCCUUUAAUGGAGAAAUAUUAUGCCGAUCGUGGCUCUGUUCCCGGAACACUUGUCAUCUCUGAAGCAACAGCCAUUUCUCAUAUCGAGGAAGGCCAAGCCAACAACCCGGGCUUUGUGAGUGAUAGCCAGGUCAAGGCCUGGAGCAAGAUCAUUGAUGCCGUCCACGCCAAUGGCUCUUUCUAUUUCCAGCAAAUCUGGGGCAUGGGAAGAGCAUCUGAUCCAGGGCAUCUCACUGAGCGGGGUUUGCCAUACAGGUCUAGCAGUGCGGUGCCCAUGAGGGGUGUUGGUGUUACACCCACUGCUCUGACCGAGGAUGAGAUAUUAGAGACCAUUCAAAAUUUUGUUGAGACUGCUAAGCGUGCCAUCGCUGCUGGUGCAGAUGGAGUUGAGAUCCACUCUGCUCACGGGUAUCUGCUCGAUCAGUUUCUCACAUCUAGUGUCAACCAGCGCACGGAUAAGUGGGGCGGAUCCAUCGAGAAUAGAUCCAGAUUGACACUUGAAGUCGCCAAGGCGGUCGUCAAGGCUAUCGGAGCAGAGAGGGUAGCCAUUCGUUUCUCUCCCUACGCCGGCUUUCAAGGUUCCGAGAAGACAGACUCUGUUGAGCUGUACACUCAUCUCAUCGCGGAGCUCAAAAAGAUGAAAUUCAAGUUCGCCUACCUGUCUCUGGUUGAGGCGACCGGCGAUCCCGGGGCCUUGGUCCGAGGCGAAAAAGCGAUAAAUAUUGGCAAGACACUAGACUUCAUCCUUGAAGUAUGGGACAAUUACUCGCCAGUCAUGGUGGCAGGUGGCUAUCAGCCUGAAUCCGCUGCUCGAGCAGUAGAGACACAUUAUAAAAAUUGGGAUGUGAUGGUUGCCUUUGGUCGCUACUUCAUUUCAAAUCCGGACUUGGUUUUCAGGAUUCAACAAGGUAUUCCUCUUGCUCCCUACAACCGCCCAACCUUUUACCUCCAAAAGCAGUGGGAAGGUUACAAUGAUUAUCCCUUCAGCCAGGAAUAUUUGAAGGCGCACCCUAACGCCGUUCAUCCUAUGACUGAGUGA